AACGAUGCUGAGCGGGCAAGUCGACAGGACGACGACGACGACGCUGGAGGUACUACAUCACCAGCAUCUGCUAGUUCACCACUGCCUAGUGAUGCUAAAGCGGCUUCAUCAUCAAAGAUUAAUUUAAGGGUUACCACAUUGCAUUCUUCACUACCGUCCUUGACCUUUUUCCCAGUAGGAAAAGGGUCAGGGAUGAUCUGAAGAAUGCAACUCCGCAACCUCUAAUUAAUGGAGUAGGAAAAGCUUCUUCAGCAUCUCCAGGCGGUGUUAACAACAUGCAGUACAACUACAAUAUUCAGACUCAACCACAGCAGUACAAGAAUUAUAGUCCUCAAAUGCAGCCGCCUGAACAGUAUUUGUACCCAAUGCAACCACCUCAGCAACAACACUCCUAUCUGUACAUGAACCAAGCACAACAUCCUUUUCAACCUCCAUAUCAGGCGAUUUUCCCUUCUGCUCAUUGGCAGCAACCGAUGCAGUAUAGGGCGAGCCAGGAGAUGGCAAACCAGGCUAGUACCCAUUUCACGCCUCGACACGCUUCGUCUGCGUCCCAGCGUCCUCGCAGCGGCAUCUUGAAAAACAUAAACAACUAUGAUGGGAAAAAUGCGCAUCUUGUUCUACAACGACAACCAGCACAGCCGCAAAUCAUGAGUAAUUUUCAUCCGUCGUCAUCUUCUACCGGACCACAAUUAGCAGGACCUGCGAUUGGAAUGACUCUAGCGAAGGCGCCAACCUCUCCCCUGCGUUCAACAUGGGGUCGAUUGAAUGAUCGACAAAAACGCUUCCUACGAGAACAGUACAACACAGCGUGCGAUCUCGACAGUUGCGGGGUUGCGAUACUGCGACAGUUGAGGCAUAACAAAGAGGCUUUGGAAAAUGGUUUGAAAAACGAGGGUGAGGAGAAUGGAGAAGGGGAAGGCGACGCAACACCAGGCGGGUCGACGUCUAAUGGGCCACCACGCGAGCAUUGGCGACCUCGUGUGAUGUCUACAGCGAAUCUGAGUCCGGACUACAAGAGACGGUUUUCCACUUACAGUACGAUGAUAUCAAGUGCAACUGCAAGUGCUCCACCUAAAGAUCAUGUUGUGGGCCGUGGUGGAGUGAAGGAGGCAAGAGCUGGUGAAGAAGCGCAUACGGCGUCUUCAGUUAGCUCCUCAGUGGGAGUUAAGAACAAGAGAAAUACGACAAAUCCUUUUGCUUCAUCUGCGGAGCCAGCUACGACUAGUGCAGAUGGUAAAGGACGAAUGCCACAAGAUCGACAACCACGGGACGACAUCGAGGAUGAUUUUCUUCGAAUGCUAGAAGACGCAUCUUUGGACUCGACUAGCAAAGACGUGCCGCCUCAUAAAGACGCAGCAGACCGACUUACGCGAGAAACCGAAGAGGGGAUACGAAAUAACGAUGCGCAAACUACUAGACAGCAGCAGCAGCAUCACAAAGAUCUUCACGAAGAUCACAGUCCGGGUUCCUUCGACGAUACUCUUGACCCUGAUCCCUGGACCUGCGCUGUCACCGACCAUGCCUAUCCUCAGCUAUCCUCAGCUUACCAUACUAGUGCUGAGGCAUGGGGUGGGAAUGCGGGAAGGGAUCCCUGGUCAGUUCGGAGUUUUGCACCUUUGAUGAUUAAGGAGACUGCCCGUCACAUACGUCUCGUAGGAGGCGGAGGGAAUCCAUUUGCAUGAUUCUCUACAUUCCAAUGUACGUAUGUCAAUUAACUGGAACUCACACAAUAGAGACUCGUUUUGAUUGAUUAAUUUGUUUCACGAUCAUCACCAGCGUGCUCCUAUCUAU